AUGUCAAACUCAACCACCAACAGCACAUCCCUCGACCCCUCCGACUACUGCACCCUCUCCAUUUGUCCCCUCUCCGACGCCUACGUCAACUACGUCCCCUCGCUCCCCGGCAACAUCUUCUACCUGGCCGUUUUCUCCGCCCUCCUCAUCGCCCAACUCAUCCUAGGAAUCCGCUACCGCACCUGGGGCUACCUAACCGGCCUAUUCGGCGGUCUCCUCCUUGAGAUAAUCGGCUACGCAGGUCGUAUUCAAAUGCACUAUAACCCGUUCAAAUUCAAUCCUUACCUUGAAUACCUAAUUUGUCUAACCAUCGCCCCGGCCCUCCUCUCCGCCUCCAUCUACAUCUGCCUAACCCGGAUCAUAAUAAUCUACGGCGCAGAAAUCUCCCGCCUGAAACCAAAAACAUACACCUACCUCUUCGUCUUCUGCGACCUCGUCUCUCUGAUUCUACAAGCCGCCGGCGGCGCAAUCACCUCCACUGCGGACGCAGACCAAGCGGAUCUCGCCCAAACAGGGAUAAAUAUCAUGAUUGCGGGGCUCGCCAGCCAGGUUGUCUCCCUGGUGUUGUUUAUGGGUCUUUGUGCGGAUUUCGCCUACCGGGUGUGGAAGAAUCCCGGGAAGUUGAAUGGUGAUUUUAGGAUGCGGGAGGUGAGGAGGAGUAAGGUGUGGAAGGCGUUUUUGGGUGGAUUAUCCCUCGCAACAGUGACUAUCUUCAUCCGGUCCGUGUUCCGAGUUGCGGAGUUGAAAGGCGGAUUCCAUAGUAAACUCGCCAACGAUGAGGUGGAUUUCAUGGUGUUGGAGGGGGCGAUGAUUGUGCUGGCGACGUUGGCGUUGACGGUGUUGCAUCCGGGAUUUUGCUUUGAUGGGUUGUGGAAGCAGACGAAGUGGUCGAGGGUGAAGGCGGGGGAUGUGGAUAUGGCAUUUUUGGAUGCGGAGGGGAAGGUGAGGGGGGUGGGGUCGUUGGAUAGUUAG